GGAAUGGACGCAUCAAUCGACGCCCUUACCGCCCUUGCAAGGGCCCACACUCUCCUCGUAUCCGGCAAAUGCUCAGCAGACAUUGCAGCAGUCGCACAAACAGGAUCAGAUCUCGCUUCAUGUUCAUACCAUAUGUUGUUGUUGAGGGCGGAGGAGACGGCAAAUAAUGCACCACUGCUAAACGAGCCACGCCCCGGCUCACCCGUACGCAGGAACUUCUCAGGGCCAAGCGGCUCCGGAGUGACACGACGGAGUUUCGCUUCUCUCAUCCUGGCCCUCCUGAAGAAUCGAUCUGGUCGCUGGCAUGGCACAUGACACAGCUGCUGCUGAAGCACCAACAAAUCUCAAGGCAGGCGAUGAAUCGAUCACUGCAAGUGCUGUUCUGGCAGACAGCCUGAGUGAAUCCCCGGAAAAGCAGAGAGAGAGCCCCGAGCAUUCUGAAGAUGAUGAGUGGAAACAUCUUCCACGCAAAGCAGACGGCUUGACGAUCCCAAUCGUCCUUGUUCUUGUCGUCGGCGGGCUGGAGCGAGCUGCUUUCUAUGCUGUUACAGCACCAUGGCAGAACUACAUGCAGAAUCAUGCCGAUGGGGACCACGUGCCGGGCGCGCUUGGACUGGGACAGUCAAGAGCCACAGCAAUCAGUAACACCUACAUGGUCUUCUCUUCCUUGACUCCCAUACCUCUUGCCAUUAUAGCAGAUCUGUGGCUUGGGAGGUACAAGACCUUGGUGAUCAGCCUCAGCCUCGGCGCAUCAGGAUGUAUCGUACAGCUGAUCACAUCCAUUCCUGCUUUGCUCCGAUCAGGUGCAGGCCCAGCCGGGCUUGGAAUAGCGAUGGUGCUUAUAGGCAUUGGAACCGGCGGUAUCAAGUCAGUAUUCUCUCCGUUCCUGGGCGAUCAAUGCUCUCAUCACGAAUCUCGAGUGGUGGAAAAGCCAGAUGGGGCGCGUGAGGUGAUUGACUAUCGUUUGACGCUGCAAUUCAUGUACAAUGUCUUCUAUGGAAUUACAAACUUCGCAUGCCUUUCCAUCAUCCCUAGCACGUUCCUUGAACGAACCACAGGGUUCUGGGCAGCUUACUUGCUCGCGACUGCGUGCACUUGUACUGGUCUGAUACUUCUUCUAGCGACUUCACGUCACCUUGUUAAGGUUUUGCCUGGCGAGAAUAUACUCGUGCCAAUGUCAAAAGUCCUCUCAUGCGCCAUGAGAAAUGGCUUCGACUUGCGCCGAGCCAAAAGCAGUUAUCAGUCAGAACAUCAUGGUCAUGUUCCGUCCUACUCUGAUGAAUUUGUUGAUGAAGUCCGCCAGACACUCCUCACGUGCCGGGUCUUAUUGUCAUUUGCGGUUUUCUACCUCUGCGCAAACCAGAUGAUCAACAAUCUGGUAUCGCAAGCGGGGCAAAUGGAGCUGUCUGGCGUUCCGAACGACAUGAUCCCCAGCUUCGCUUCAAUUGCAUGCAUACUGUUCGCUCCAAUCCUGCAAGCAUUCUGGAGCUCCCUUGCACGUCGAAAGAUAACGCUCAGCGCACUUUUCCAGAUCGAGCUGUCCUUUGUUCUCUGCGCCAUUGCGAUUGGAUUCGCAUCUUUGACUCAACACUUAAUCUAUCAGUCGCCGCCAUGCUAUGACCGACCAAGGAAAUGCGGCAUCACAACAGGUCCAAACAAGAUUAGCGUGUGGGUUCAACUGCCGAUCUACAUCAUUGCAGCUCUAGCAGAGACUAUUGGAUUCGUCAUUGCAGGCGAGUAUGCAUACUCGCAUUCGCCGCAGAAUGCGAAGAGCAUGAUACAAGCGUUCUCGCAAGUGGCCGCAGCUUUGGGGAGCAUUCUUGGACUCGCCACGAGCCCAGCCGCACGGGAUCCAUGGCUGGUCAUAUACUACGCUGCAUUGGCGGGUGUUAUGCUGAUCGCUGCUAUCGGAUUUUGGUGGCUCUUUGGCAAAGGCUGGAGACGAGACGGCAACGAUGAGGCUGAAUGAGUCUGCCGAGGACAGCACAGCAGACGGCGAAUGUCGGUCUAGUAUAACGGACAGGCAGCAUGCAACCUUCCAACCGGGGGAAAUGGUGAUCGACACGAGAUCCUACAGUACAGCGUCUUCACGCAUCGG